AUGAACCUAGGAAAUGUGUUUCAAUCUGUCGGAGAAUAUGCCAAGGCUGAAGAAUAUCUUCAUAAAGCACUUACCAUCAACACAGAAAUUGGCAACAAAGACGGAGAAGCGUCAUGCUACGCAAACCUAGGAGCUGUGUUUUUGCAUGUUGGAGAAUAUUCCAAGGCUGAAGAAUAUCUUCAUAAAGCACUUACCAUUAACACAGAAAUUGGCGACAGAGAGGGAGAAGCGUUAUCCUACAUGAACCUAGGAAAUGUGUUUCAAUCUGUCGGAGAAUAUUCCAAGGCUGAAGAAUAUCUUCAUAAAGCACUUACCAUCAACACAGAAAUUGGCGACAAACACAGAGAAGCGUCAUGCUACGCAAACCUAGGAGCUGUGUUUUUGCAUGUUGGAGAAUAUUCCAAGGCUGAAGAAUAUCUUCAUAAAGCACUUACCAUUAACACAGAAAUUGGCGACAGAGAGGGAGAAGCGUUAUCCUACAUGAACCUAGGAAAUGUGUUUCAAUCUGUCGGAGAAUAUGCCAAGGCUGAAGAAUAUCUUCAUAAAGCACUUACCAUCAACACAGAAAUUGGCGACAAACACAGAGAAGCGUCAUGCUACGCAAACCUAGGAGCUGUGUUUUUGCAUGUUGGAGAAUAUUCCAAGGCUGAAGAAUAUCUUCAUAAAGCACUUACCAUUAACACAGAAAUUGGCGACAAAAACGUACAGGCGUCAUGCUACAUCAACCUAGGAAAUGUGUUUCAAUCUGUCGGAGAAUAUGCCAAGGCUGAAGAAUAUCUUCAUAAAGCAUUUACCAUCAACACAGAAAUUGGCGACAGAGAGGGAGAAGCGUUAUCCUACAUGAACCUAGAAAAUGUGUAUCAAUCUGUCGGAGAACAUGCCAAGGCUGAAGAAUAUCUUCAUAAAGCACUUACCAUCAAAACAGAAAUUGGCGACAAACACGGAGAAGCGGCAUGCUUCAUAAACCUAGGAGCUGUGUUUGUUUCUGUCGGAGAAUAUGCCAAGGCUGAAGAAUAUCUUUAUAAAGCACUUACCAUCAACACAGAAAUUGGCGACAAACACGGAGAAGCGACAUGCUUCAUAAACCUAGGAGAUGGGUUUAGAUGUGUUGGAGAAUAUGCCAAGGCUGAAGAAUAUCUUCAUAAAGCACUUACCAUCAAAACAGAAAUUGGCGACAAACUUGGAGUAGCGUCAUGUUACAUAAACCUAGGAGCUGUGUUUCAAUCUGUCGGAGAACAUGCCAAGGCUGAAGAAUAUCUUCAUAAAGCACUUCUCAUCAGCACAGAAAUUGGCGACAGAGACGGAGAAGCGACAUGCUGCAUAAACCUAGGAGCUCGGUUUACAUAUAUUGGAGAAUAUGCCAAGGCUGAAGAAUAUCUUCGUAAAGGACUUACCAUAGUGACCGAAAUCGGUAACAAAGACGGAGAAGCGGCAUGCUACAUAAUACUAGGAACUCUGAUAUUUAAGGCUGGUGAAUGUGAGAAGGCUCAAAAAUAUUUUAACAAUGCUCUUGAAAUUAGCAGGGGGACUAGAAACAUCCCUUUGCAAUUUGAAACUUCUCUUGGCCUAAAUAAGUGUUCUUUUAAAAUAACAGGAAACAUAUCUGAAGCCUUAUCCAAUCUCCGGACAAGCAUUCAAAUUUGCGAAAAAAUGCUUCUUUCUCUAGGAAGCAAAGAUUGCCACAAUAUAUCAUUUUUUGACGAACACGCGUCUCCCUAUCGGCUGUUUUGUUCAUUGAGUUGUUCUAGUGGGAAACCCUAUGAAGCUUUACACGUUGCUGAACUUGGACGGGCCAGAGCUCUAGCAAAACUUAUGUCAAAUCGCUACUCCAUUGAAAAAGAAAUAUCCAUCAACCCACAAUCGUUUGUUGGCAUCGAGGAAGUAAUUAAGAAAAAUGGAAACAGCACCUGCCUAUACAUCUCCUAUGACUACAGUGACAAUAUCUUUUUGUGGGUUUUGAAACAAAGCAAACCGGUAGCUUUCCGAAAAACGAAACUUUGUGAAAGCUAUGUUAGCAAGCACGGCAAAAUCUCUGUAUAUGACCUGUUUGGAAACGAAAGCUUUUUAAGAAAAUUUCACGUUUUACCUCAAGAGCAAUGUGAAGACCGAUCACUCUUCUCUUCAUUCGCCAACCAGCGUCUUCUUGUAGAUGAGGAAGAAGGAAACACAGACCCUGAACCGCCAACACUUUCUCAGGUUUACGACAUGUUGAUUGCUCCCGUAAGUGACUUGCUAGAAGGAUCUGAAAUCAUUGUUGUUCCUGAUAACUGUUUCUUCCAAGUUCCUUUUGCAGCAUUACAUGAUGAAAGUAACCGCUAUUUGUCAGAUUCUUUCAGGAUGCGCAUUGUCCCUUCUUUAACGACUCUCAAGCUCAUUCUGGACAGUCCAGCGGACUCUCACAGCCAAACUGGUGCAUUGAUUGUGGGUGAGCCAAAUGUGAUGAAUGUGUAUUUCAAGGGAGAGUUAGGGUCUCUCUGUCCGUUGCCUGGGGCGAAAGCAGAAGCAGAGAUGAUUGCAAGACUACUACCUCAAUCUCACCUUUUAAUAGGAGAGCAAGCAACAAAGCAGGCAGUCCUUCAGAGAAUACCCUCAGUCAGUCUCAUACAUAUCGCUGCUCAUGGUGAUGCCGAAAGAGGAGAAAUUGCUCUUACCCCCCAUGACUCCACGAUGGGGAUUCCACAUGAAGCAGAUUACUUACUGUCAAUGACCGACAUUUCACAAGUUAGACUCUCAGCCAAACUGGUGGUCCUUAGCUGUUGCCAUACCGCACGUGGACAGAUCAAAACAGAAGGCGUUGUUGGAAUCGCUCGAGCAUUCUUAGGAUCGGGGGCACGCUCAGUGUUGGUGGCAUUGUGGGCCUUACAAGACAGAGCAACAGAGGAGUUCAUGGGAAGAUUCUACGAAAACCUUGUCCAAGGGAUAAGUGCAAGUGAAUGUCUUCACAGGGCCAUGAAGUGGAUGCGAAAUAACGGUUUCCCUGAAGUGAGGCAGUGGGCACCUUUCAUGCUGAUUGGGGAUGACGUGUCAUUUCACUUUAGUAAAGAAAAGUGA